AUGACAGUAGCUGAGUGCUGGAGAAAGGAAGUUCAGGGGACUCCAAUGUAUUGUUUGAUUACAAAGCUUAAAAGGCUUAGAAUUGAUCUGAAAAAUCUUAAUAGAGAAGGGAAAGGAGAUGUGUUUAUGCAAGAUGCAACGAAAAAUAGACUGAUGAUGGAUAUCCAAGAUCAAUUGCAGCUUGAUCCGGGUAACAUUCAGCUGAUAGAAGAGGAGAUUGAUAGAAGGAAAGAGUAUCAGUUGGCUCAUAAAAACUUGGUGCAGUUUCUGAAGCAGAAGGUCAAGGAGGAUUGGCUAAAGCAAGGUGAUGAGAAUACUAAGUUUUUCCAUAACAGCAUUCGGAAUAGGCAUAUUCAGAAUGCCAUCUACUCGAUUUGGGAUAUGGAAGGUAAUUGGCAUGAUAGACAAGAAGAGGUUCACAAUACAUUUUAUGCGUACUAUGAAGGUUUGCUUGGAUCAGAAAUGAAAAACAGAAGGAAUGUCUUAGAUUCAGUAGUUCAAUCAGGGCCCAUGAUUUCAGAUCAGCAAGCUAUUUUUUUGUUAAAGAAAUACACAGUAGAAGAAGUUAAGUCUGCUCUCUACUCGAUUCCAGAUGAGAAGGCCCCUGGUCCGGAUGGGUACAAUAGUGGUUUUUUUAAACAGACAUGGAAUAUCACAGGAGAUGAGCUAACCCAUGCUGUACUUUCUUUUCUUCAUUCUGGGAAAAUACUAAAAGAGAUUAAUACCACAAAUAUCUCCCUUAUUCCCAAAUCGAGUUGCCCUAAGAAUGUUAGUGAAUAUAGACCAAUUGCUUGCUGCAAUGUGGUCUACAAGAUAGCAACCAAAAUGAUCUGUUCUAGACUAAGAGAGGUGCUUCCUUCCAUUAUAUCUGAGAACCAGAGUGGGUUUAUUAAAGGGAGAAAUAUAGCUCAUAACAUCAUGCUUUGUCAAGACCUUGUAAGAGGUUAUGGAAGGAGGAAUACUCAAGCAGCUUGCCUUUUCAAAAUAGACCUGCAAAAAGCUUAUGAUUCACUAGAUUGA